UCUCAUCAAAUUUUACUUUUAUUUCAUCAUAUAAUAUAAUUCAUUCACAUAUAUGCACACUUCUCCGAAUCCCAUUAUGUUAUUAACACCAUAUUAUAAUCCACACUUUAUUGUCAUUAUUGUCAUUACGCUGAACUAAACAACAAUUGUUAUUGUUGUGUCGUGUUACUAUACCAGUACUUGUAAACAACUUUAAUACUACUAUACUAUAUAUCUUCCUCCACACAGAAGAACACACACUGAACUUGUUGCUUUUUCGCUUCACGCUUCACACUUCACACUUCACACUUAACGUAUCCGCCAAAUCAAGGGGCAUAUUCCACAUCCACAUCUCUAGUUUUGCUUCUUUUCGGACAUAUGGGCUUAGUCUGCAGCAAAAGACGACGUUUUCGUGAUGCUGAUGCUGAAGAAAAUGCUCAGGAUGCCGAAAUUGAAAGAAGAAUCGAGUUAGAAACAAAGGCUGAAAAACAUAUUCAGAAACUUCUACUAUUAGGUGCUGGAGAGUCUGGGAAGUCUACAAUCUUUAAGCAGAUAAAACUUUUGUUUCAAACUGGCUUCGACGAUGCUGAGCUAAAAAGCUACAUACCAGUCAUUCAUGCUAACGUGUUUCAGACAAUAAAACUACUGCAUGAUGGGUCAAAAGAGUUAGCGCAGAAUGAUGCUGAUUCUUCAAAGUACGUAAUAUCUAAUGAAAACCAGGACAUUGGGGAAAAGCUCUCAGAAAUAGGAGGCAGGCUGGAUUACCCGCGUCUUACCAAGGAGCUUGCGCAGGAAAUUGAGACUCUGUGGGAAGAUGCUGCAAUUCAGGAAACAUAUGCCCGUGCUAAUGAACUCCAAGUUCCAGAUUGCACCCAUUAUUUCAUGGAAAAUUUGGAGAGACUGUCUGAUGCAAAUUAUGUUCCGACAAAGGAGGAUAUUUUGUAUGCAAGAGUUCGUACAACUGGUGUUGUCGAGAUCCAAUUCAGUCCUGUCGGAGAAAAUAAGAGAAGUGGUGAAGUCUAUAGACUCUUUGAUGUUGGUGGCCAGAGAAAUGAGAGGAGAAAGUGGAUCCAUCUUUUUGAAGGAGUUACAGCUGUAAUAUUCUGUGCUGCAAUUAGCGAGUAUGAUCAAACACUUUAUGAGGAUGAAAACAAGAACAGAAUGAUGGAGACUAAGGAACUUUUUGAGUGGGUUCUGAAGCAACCAUGUUUUGAGAAAACAUCCUUCAUGUUAUUUUUAAACAAGUUUGACAUAUUUGAAAAGAAGAUCCUGAAAGUUCCGCUCAAUGUGUGUGAGUGGUUCAAAGAAUACCAGCCAGUUUCAACAGGGAAGCAAGAGAUAGAACACGCGUACGAGUUUGUGAAGAAAAAGUUUGAGGAAUUGUAUUUCCAGAGCAUUGCUCCUGACCACGUAGAUCGUGUGUUCAAGAUAUACCGGACCACUGCUCUUGAUCAGAAGCUUGUGAAAAAGACUUUCAAGCUUGUUGACGAGACUUUGAGACGGAGGAAUCUGUUUGAAGCUGGCUUAUUAUGACCAUGCAAGAGUGUGUUUAAGAGGAAUAUGGUAUAAUUUUACAUUGAAAAGGUCUGCUGAUUUUGGGUAUAUUAGAGGUCAGGUAUACAACAAUAUAAAAUCCAUUUGUUGAUUUUAUCUGGGUGGAUUGGGAAAGCCUUUCUCAAUACUUGAUCACACACCACAUCCCUCUUUAGAAAGCAAAGUUAGUUGAUUAUCUUUUCAUUGAUUGAAAGUCACUAAUCAAAUAUUCCACAUCUUUUAUUUAAGCUUGAUGAGGUUUUUUUACUGAUUUGUGUUGGUCUGCAUGUUCACCAUGCAUGUCAAUUUCAGUUUUUUAGUUUACUUUCUAGCCUUUUGUUCGUAGUCCAUUUAUUCUUUUGAACACUUGCACGAAGACUCGUUGAUUUUAUCAA